CGUGCCGACAACGUUCGUUAUCUUCCGCGCGGUGCGUCAAAUUCCUCUUUGAGUUUUUUUACGCAUACGUAAAUAGUCGCAGCGUAGCGUCGUGACGACCAUCACGCUCGACCCUAAUCGGUGGGAAGUUAAUCCUCGUCACGUUAUCACCAUCGUCACCGUUGUCGUCGUCGUCGUCGUCGUCGUCGUCGUCGUCCUCGUCCUCGUCAAGGCGACGCGAAUAAUUCCGCUCGUUUGUUCGAUAGAGAGAAGACUACGAAAGAGAGAAAGAGGAAAGACCGACGUGAUUAUACGGUGAACACUCGACAGCGCGGAAAUCCUAGUGCAACGUUUUCAAUCAUCAUCGACGUCGUUGUCAACGUCUUGUCCGGUGUCGCACGAUAUACGGGAAUUUGUAAUCGAUCGAAAUGCCAACGAGUUUGUUCAGCGAGAUGGACCGCGGCACGAACGGCGGCGGUGCCGGCGUCUCCUUCGAAGAUCAGCGGGCCCUUCAGCUCGCCUUUGAGCUGUCGAUGCUCGGUAUCCCGGAGGGUUCGUCCGGAUGCCCCGGCACCGGUACCGGCAACGGCACCACCAAUGAUCCAGAUCCGCUACAGACUGCACCAGCCGUCUUCGAGGAGGCGCGUUCUAAGAAGAGCCAGAACAUGACUGAGUGCGUGCCGGUGCCCAGCAGCGAACACGUGGCGGAGAUCGUCGGCCGACAGGGCUGCAAGAUCAAGGCCCUCCGAGCGAAGACGAAUACCUAUAUCAAGACACCAGUGCGCGGUGAAGAACCCGUCUUCGUCGUCACCGGUCGCAAGGAGGACGUGGCCCGUGCGAAGCGUGAGAUUCUUUCCGCCGCGGAACAUUUCUCACAGAUUCGCGCGUCGCGCAAGAGCUCCUUGGGAGCACUUCUGGGCGCGCCACCAGGACCACCCGCGACGGUGCCCGGUCACAUAACGAUUCAGGUACGAGUGCCCUACAGAGUGGUGGGUCUGGUUGUAGGCCCUAAGGGCGCGACCAUCAAACGAAUUCAGCAUCAGACGCAUACCUAUAUCGUGACACCUAGUCGCGACAAGGAGCCUGUGUUCGAAGUUACGGGACUACCGGAAAGCGUGGAAGCGGCCAGACGCGAGAUACAGGCUCACAUUACCCUGCGAACGGGCACUGCACCAGGCGUCGUCGAUGAUACUGAUCUGCUGGGCGUACUCUGCCGCGGCGGUCUCGGCUCGGUUCUCGGUAUUCAGAGUAUGGACCAACCGGGAUCGAACAGCUCCAGUAGUUCUAACGGAGCGUUUUCGAGCAGUGCCAGCUGCAGCAGCUCGUCCAGCAGUACCGGUGGCAUAGGGAUGAACGACCUCGUUGCUAUUUGGAAUGGGAUAGAGAGGGACGAGGGAAUUGGCGAGUCGCCGUCAUUCGAGUCGCAGCCGACCUCGACAUCGUCAAUCUGGUCGUUUCCGAGCGUCGCGCUACCCUCGAGGCCGUCGCCGCCGGCGACGGCGAGCCCGGCGUCGCCCACGGAUUCGCUUUUGGGCGGCGCACGACGGGACUGCGUCGUUUGCGGCGAGAAGGAAGUCACCGCGGCGUUGGUACCCUGCGGGCACAAUCUCUUCUGCAUGGACUGCGGCAAUCGGGUCUGCGAGAAUCAGGAUCCAAGCUGCCCGGUGUGCUCCAGACCAGUCCUGCAGGUGCUUCGUAUUUUCUCCUAAGAGGGACUCCGCCGAGUCGCCGCCCGUCAGUCUCCCGUGUCGCGACACUCGGUGCACCAGCAGCGGCUGCGUCAGCGAUUUACCUUCUACCACUCCCCGAGCAUGGUCGGUUAAUAACUGUUCCAGCGGACGUGACGAUUGCUGGGGAUAGCUGGAAGACAACGUGUUAGCGCUCGCGACAAUGACGACGCCCGCGCGAUAAUCCCUCUCGGCAGUCCUCAAAGUUGGCCUUUUUUCUUCGCUGUCGUCGUUGUCGCCAUCGUCGUCAUCGCCAUCGUCGUCAUCGUCAUCGUCGUCAUCGUCAUCGUCAUCCUACCAUGCCGGUGUGACGCCGCGCCGCGUCGCCGCCGCCGCCGCCGCCGCCGCCGUCGUCGUCGUCAUCAUCAGGAGACCGAACGCGCACAAAGUCUCAGUUCCACGGCUGCCAAUAAUCUCUUUUUAACGCGACGGGGAUUCGCCUCGACGAAUCGACCGUUUAGGGCCGGUCGUCGAGUCUUGUCGAGUUCCCGCUGACCGGAUACAACGAAGCCAGCUUUUAAGUUCUACGAGAUAUAUAUUUAAAGAGACAGAGAUAAGGAUGGAAAACACUGACCCAUCGUCAUCGUCAUUGCCAUUGCUUCCCCUUACCACCCUCCU